AUGGCUCCCACCCCAGAAUCCCCCUCCCCCGAAGCUUCCCCCACCCCCACCGGCUCCCUAAAAUCCCAAACCCCAAAAACCUACUGGACAAAAGCAAACAUAAUCUCCACCACAAUCUUCAUCAUAAUCUGCGUUCUCCUGCUCAUCGGCGCCCUCUCCCUCUUCCUCUACCGGCGCCGUCAAACCAAAAAACACGCAGCCCAAAAACCCGACGCCGCCGCCCUCCUCCCUGAUAAAGACAAGGCAAACAUGUUCAGCCGCGACCGCGCCAGCAGCGUAACCCUUUACGUCGAUUCCCUUUACGUCGAUUCCGAUGCCGACGACCGCAGAAAACGCACAAGCACCGAUACUAUGCAUCUAGUCCCCCUACACAUUACUCCCGUGGAAGAGGCCAGGGAUCCGCUUGCAGGGCUUAGUGCGGGUCCCGGGCGCGCUGUCACUACGGAUCGUGCGGUCAGUGUGGGAAGCAGUGUUAGUGCGGUGAGUAGUAGGACGUCGCAGGGUUCCGUGCUGUUGAGUCCCGUGGGGCUGGGUGAGGAUGCGGAUGCCGGUGUGAGGAGUGUGGGGCGCCCGAGGAGUACGAGUACGGCGUCGACGCGGUCGAGGUAUUAUGAGAGGGCUGAUGUGGGGGGGAUGCCGGAGGUGCCGAGGAUUGUGCAUACGGCUGUUUAG